AUGGCUCCCUCAAAGAUCGCUGCUCUUACCACACUUCUGGCCUCGGCCACCAUGGUCGCAGGCCAUGGGUAUGUCUCGAGCAUCGUCGCAAAUGGCAAAAACUACACGGGCUACCUCGUCAACCAAUACGCCUAUAUGGACAGCCCACCCGACAGUGUCGGCUGGUCCACCACAGCUACAGACCUGGGCUUCGAAGACGGUACCGAGUAUUCCUCCGAGAACAUCAUCUGCCACCGCGACGGCAAAAACGGCGCCAUCUCCGCUGAAGUCAAGGCCGGUUCCGACGUCGACAUCCAGUGGACUGAGUGGCCAGAGUCUCACCACGGCCCCGUCAUCACAUACCUCGCAUCCUGCGACGGCGACUGCAGCACCGUCGACAAGACCAAGCUGGAAUUCUUCAAGAUCGACGCCGUCGGCUUGGUCGAUGGUAGCAGUGUUCCCGGCAGCUGGGGAACUGAUAAGCUGAUUGAUGCCGGGAACCGCUGGACGGUGACUAUUCCGGACUCGAUUGCUGCCGGUAACUACUGCCUGAACUUGAAGGUCACUGGCGGUGGCAGUGAUGAUCCUGAGGGUACCCUUGGUGAGAAGCUGUAUACCGAUGAAGAUCCGGGUAUUCUGGUCAACAUCUAUGCGACUAUCUCAAACUAUGUUAUGCCUGGUCCGACUCUGUACAGUGGUUAA